UUGUGGGCGGGGCCAGACGGUUCCGAGGGGGAUCUCAGCGCAGCCAAUCCAGACUCGAGGAUUGUGUUGGGGCGCCUGGUGGGGGUGUCCCGACCUCCCCCCCUUUCCUGGCAUCCUGGAGGAUGACCCCGGUGCCAGGCCCGGCGCUGGCCGCCUGAUGCCGAGCAGACCCAGCCGGGGAUGCUGGAACCAAGGGCGUUGCUAUGGCAACGGGAGGCAGGGCCUGGGGGGGGGACCGGGCCCGGGCUGGGGCUGGGGGGGCCGGUGGUGGCUGUGGCGGGGCGAUGGCGGAGCGCGGCCCGGCCUUCUGUGGCCUCUAUGACACCUCUUCACUGCUUCAGUACUGCAAUGAUGACAAUUUGUCUGGCACGAGCGGCAUGGAGGUGGACGACCGCGUGUCGGCGCUGGAGCAGCGGCUGCAGCUGCAGGAGGACGAGCUGGCUGUCCUAAAGGCGGCGCUGGCGGACGCGCUGCGGCGCCUGCGGGCGUGCGAGGAGCAGGGCGCAGCUCUGCGCGCGCGGAGCACCCCCAAAGGCCGGGCCCCCCCGCGUCUGGGCACCACCGCCUCAGUGUGUCAGCUCUUGAAAGGUCUUCCCACCAGGACGCCCCUCAAUGGCUCGGGACCCCCGCGACGCAUGGGCGGCUAUGCCACGUCCCCUUCAUCUCCCAAGAAAGAGGCGAACUCUGGGCGCAGUGCCCGCCACUACCUGUCACCGGAGCGCCUGGCCUCUGUGCGUCGCGAGGACCCCCGCAGCCGCACCACCUCCUCCAGCAGCAACUGCAGCACCAAAAAGGAAGGCAAAACCAAAGAAGUUAUCUUUAGCAUGGAGGAAGGCUCCGUGAAAAUGUUCCUGAGGGGCCGCCCUGUGCCCAUGCUCAUCCCGGACGAGCUGACGCCCACCUAUAGCCUGGAAACGCGCUCUGAGCUUCCCGCAGCCCGCCUCAAGCUGGACUGGGUCUAUGGCUACCGCGGGCGAGACUGCCGGGCCAACCUUUACCUGCUGCCCACCGGGGAGAUCGUGUACUUCUCGGCCUCCGUGGCCGUGCUGUACAGCGUCGAGGAGCAGAGGCAGCGCCACUACCUGGGACACAACGAUGACAUCAAAUGCCUGGCGGUCCACCCAGAUAUGGUCACCAUCGCCACGGGACAGGUGGCCGGCACCACCAAGGAGGGGAAGCUUCUGCCACCCCACGUGCGCGUCUGGGACUCAGUUUCCCUCUCGACCUUACACGUGCUAGGCCUGGGGGUGUUUGACAGAGCCGUGUGCUGUGUGGGCUUUUCCAAAUCUAAUGGGGGCAACCUGCUCUGUGCGGUGGAUGACUCCAAUGACCACAUGCUCUCCGUGUGGGACUGGGCCAAGGAGUCCAAGCUGGUGGACAGCAAGUGCUCCAACGAGGCUGUGCUGGUAGCCACCUUCCACCCCACAGACCCCUCUGUGCUCAUCACGUGUGGCAAAUCCCAUAUCUACUUCUGGAUCCUGGAGGGAGGCAGCUUGAGUAAGAGGCAGGGCCUCUUUGAGAAACAUGAGAAGCCGAAGUACGUGCUGUGUGUGGCCUUCCUGGAGGGUGGCGAUGUGGUCACUGGGGACUCUGGGGGGAACCUCUAUGUCUGGGGCAAAGGUGGGAACCGCAUCACACAGGCCGUGGUAGGCGCCCAUGACGGUGGCGUGUUCGGGCUCUGCGCCCUGCGGGACGGGACGCUGGUGUCCGGAGGUGGCCGAGACCGAAGGGUGGUCCUCUGGGGUUCGGACUACAGCAAGCUGCAGGAAGUAGAGGUCCCUGAGGACUUUGGCCCCGUGCGUACCGUGGCAGAGGGCCGGGGAGACACGCUGUAUGUGGGGACCACCCGCAACUCCAUCCUGCAGGGCUCAGUGCACAUGGGCUUCUCACUGCUUGUCCAGGGCCACAUGGAAGAGCUGUGGGGGCUGGCCACGCACCCCAGCCAGGCACAGUUUGUGACAUGCGGGCAGGAUAAGCAGGUGCAUCUGUGGAGCGCAGAGUCCCAUCAGCCCCUGUGGAGCAGGAGUAUUGAGGACCCGGCCCGCUCUGCUGGCUUCCAUCCCAGUGGUGGGGUCCUGGCUGUAGGCACAGUGACAGGCAGAUGGCUGCUGCUGGACACAGAGACCCACGACCUGGUGGCUAUCCACACUGAUGGCAACGAACAGAUCUCAGUGGUCAGCUUCUCCCCAGACGGGGCGUACCUGGCCGUGGGCUCCCACGACAACUUGGUGUACGUGUACACGGUGGACCAGGGUGGCCGCAAGGUCAGCCGCCUGGGCAAGUGCACGGGCCAUUCUAGUUUUAUCACUCACCUGGAUUGGGCCCAGGACAGCAGCUGCUUUGUUACCAACUCCGGGGACUAUGAGAUUCUCUACUGGGAUGCAGCUACCUGUAAACAGAUCACCUGUGCUGAAGCUGUGAGGAAUGUGGAAUGGGCUACAGCCACUUGUGUCCUGGGAUUUGGGGUAUUUGGGAUCUGGUCCGAGGGAGCUGAUGGCACCGACAUCAAUGCUGUGGCACGCUCCCAUGAUGGAAAGUUGCUGGCUUCCGCUGAUGACUUUGGCAAAGUCCACCUGUUCAGCUACCCCUGCUGUCAACCUCGAGCACUUAGCCACAAGUAUGGUGGACACAGCAGCCACGUGACAAAUGUGGCCUUCCUGUGGGAUGACAGCAUGGCCCUGACCACAGGGGGAAAGGAUACCAGCGUGCUGCAGUGGCGGGUGGUCUGAGGGGAGGCUGGGGCUGGAGUUCUAUUUUCGGGAGAUGUCUAUUGCCGAGUAGAGUAAUAUAUACCCAGAGUUUGUCUAUAGCAGAGAAAGUUAUGGGGGUGGGAGGGCGGACUGUCAGGCUGUUUACCCAGGGAGGGAGGAAGGGUUGAAGUUACUUUGGGGGAGUCGUGAGAAUAUUUGCUUUGGUGUGGUUUCUUUUUAAGUUCCUUCUUUUAUAUCACCCAGAAAUAAAGACACGUGCACUGAA